CAUCUUUGGGCGGCUGGGGCUCUGUAUCGGUUGGUGGCGGUGGGAGGUAGUUAGAGUGGUGCAGGGUCGUGACGCCUGCGGUUCCUGGCCGUGCCUCCCACUCCGUCCCGCCCGGUCCACCAUGCCGCAGUACCAGACCUGGGAGGAGUUCAGUCGCGCGGCCGAGAAGCUCUACCUCGCCGACCCCAUGAAGGCACGUGUGGUUCUCAAAUAUAGGCAUUCUGAUGGGAGUUUGUGUAUUAAAGUAACAGAUGAUUUAGUUUGUUUGGUGUAUAGAACAGACCAAGCUCAAGAUGUAAAGAAGAUUGAGAAAUUCCACAGUCAACUGAUGCGACUUAUGGUAGCCAAGGAAUCCCGCAGUGUUGCCAUGGAAACGGACUGAAUGGUUUGAAAUGAAGAUUGUCAUGUUCUUAGGAAGUAAAUAUCUUUUGAAUUUGAAAAAGUGUUGGGACAGAAAAUACUUAUGCAACAAAGUAGGCUAUUCAGAAGCCAAGAGAUCCUUUUUUGUACCUUGUUUUUGAAUGUUUAGAGAGCUAGGAAUGUAAAUGCUUUCCAUUAGAAAGCCUUUAUUUAUUUUUGGAAAUUGAUCAAGAAUUGCAUCUAUCUUGGAAACUUUUUGCAGAUAUUUGAUGUUGGGCAAAAUAUAUAAUUAUUUCUCUGGUAAAUUUGUAUCAGUACUUUGAAAAUGAGAUGUCAAGAAAAGCCUGUUUUUCCCUAAAUUUAAUCUGUCUUUAAAGGAACAUUAAAUGGAACCAUUUUGCUGGAUUGAUAUGUUUCUUUUGGAGCAUAAAAUUUGUGCUCUUGAUGACCAACAAAUUUGAAAUGUGGUACCUGGCAUGAACUGCACAGCAGUGUAUCUGACUGGAUGGUGGCAUAGUCUCAGUUGUAUCUAAAAGUAAUAAUGAAAAUAGGGAUGCUUUACCUUAAACUUUGCAAAUCUAAACUAUAUUUUUGAAUAUAAGUGAUUCAUAGCAUCAUUAGGUUGUUGAACAAAGACUUACUUUGAAUCUAGUUUUCAGUGCUCAAAACCAACUGCAGUUACUUUAAAUGCAUGAACAGAAUGAUCACUGAUGGACCGAAACCACCAUAUUACAGAAAUAUUUGCCACAUAGUUCCCAUCUCUAGUUUCUCGGAAGGGCUAAGGAUUAUUUGAGCUGUUAAAUCUGCAUACCUCUAUGACACACCUGCUCAUUCCUCUCUUUACUUAACCAAGGUGUUAAGCAUGACUGGCCGUCACAGCUUUUAUGUUUUCCAUUAAACCAGAAGUAUGAUGUUAUUUGAUAUUUAUCUUAUAUUCAUAACCUGAUUUUACCACCUAAAUGUAAUGUUCACAUGUUGAUUCCUACAUUAAAGUGUUUUUUGUUAGGAAUUUGUUGGGUUGCACAAUGGUUUGCCAUGGAAGGUUCCACUAGCCAUAUGAAUUGCGGCAUGUUUCAGAGAGGUCAGUAAAUAAAAUAUUACAUGUGUA